GACUUCCUUUCUCCGGCGGAUGCGCUAUGAGAGUGAACGUGCAGAAAGGGCUUGGUCCGGGCAUUGCUGGUGUGUCUGCGCGCCUCUGGACCGCAGAUAACCGGGCUGACGACGCCGCCGAAGCCUCGUAGACGAACCUCUACCCCGGCUAUGCUGCCUUGAGAGCGCCGCGAGGCUCCGCCCUGCCAACAUGUCUGAAGUCAACAAGACUAUUCAGAAAUGGCACGCCAGUUUUGAGAAAGGCACGGACUUUGACUCGUGGGGACAAUUAGUGGAGGCUAUAGAUGAGUACCAAAUUUUAGCGAGACAACUGCAAAAAGAGGUGCAGUCAACAAAUGCAUCCGACUUCACAGAGGAGCAAAAGAAAACCUUAGGAAAGAUUGCAACAUGCCUGGAGAUGAGAAGGGCCAGUCUGCAGUGCACACAGUCAAAGGAGGGCUUCAAGUUAGAAGAGCUGAAGAAACUGGAAACCAUCAUUCAAAAUAUCUUGACGUACAACAAAGAAUUUCCCUUCGAUGUGCAGCCAGUGCCCUCAAGGAAAAUCCUGGCUCCGGGUGAAGAGGAGAACCUGGAGCUGGAGGAAGAGGAGGAGGAGGAUGCUGCAGCUGGAGCCGGUUCUACAGAAGCGUUCCUCCCCAGAGCCCCCGCUCCGCAAGGUACCUUGUUGCCACGGUUACCCUCUGAGCUUGGAAUGACACUACUUACACUAAAGAUAGAAAAGAUUGGGUUGAAGGAUGCCGGUCAGUGCAUCGAUCCCUACAUGACCAUCAGUGUCAAAGAUUUGAACGGCGUGGAUGUGAACCCGGUGCAGGACACACCUGUGGCCUCCAGGAAGGAAGACACCUACAUCCACUUCAGUGUGGACGUAGAGAUCCAGAGACACGUGGAGAAACUACCCAAAGGAGCCGCUAUCUUCUUUGAAUUCAAGCACUACAAACCUAAAAAGAGGUUCACCAGCACUAAAUGUUUCGCCUUCAUGGAAAUGGACGAGAUCAAACCCGGCCCCAUCGUCAUCGAACUGUACAAGAAGCCCACAGACUUCAAGAGGAAGAAACUGCAGCUUGUAACAAAGAAACAACUCUAUCUCCAUCUUUAUCAGACGUUACACAAGGACAGCUAAGUGGCAGCACACUCUGGACUUGGCCCCGCCUCUUUCUAACCUCUCUUACAUCCCUGUGGUGCUCCGCCUCAUCAACCCCAGCAAUACGAGAACACGGUUGAGCUCAUUGGUUUUCUCUGAGUUUUGGGAGAAAGUAACUGAUCAGUAGCAGCAGCUCAGACUUGUAUUCUUGAAAAGUGCAUUUAACCUCCGUUGUUGCAGGAAACUCUUCUCCAAAAACUCAAGAACCGUUAAAAGUGUUUUUUGGACUGGUCAGAAGAUGCCCGUCUGUUAACAUGAGAGGGUUCUGUUAACCACCUCAUCUCCAGUCUUCCUUAGCUCACUGAUUUUGGGAAAAACACAGGACACAACAUGAGUUAUUGCAGGCGCUCAAUUAAAAUCAGUUAUGUUUCUUUUGUUGGAUUUUGGUCCCUUAAUGUAAAUUCAGUGAAACAUUAAACACAACCAUGUGGACAUGUUGGUGAAGUUCUGGCAGUUUGCGAAGCCACUGAAUAAAAAACAUGCAUCACAGUCCAGAACGGUUUGUGUGCUAUAAUUAUAUUAAAGACUUUUAUGGUUUGAUAUCAACUAAAUCAGUAUAUUUAAAAGCCGUUACAAACUGGUUAAUACACUUGGCAUUACAUCAAUCUAGGAAAUUGUGACAGAUUAAAUAUAAAGCAACGAUUUGAAGUGUUUUCUAUACUUAGCAACUGUUUUUAGCCCAACAUUGUUAGUUGCCACAUUUCAGUGUUCCCGUUUCAUUAUGUAUCAGAUUUAGUCCACACGGUUUCAUAAAUGCAUAAAGAGUGAUGUGGAUGCCGCCUGGUUUGCAUGAAUCAUCUGGUCGUGGUACAGUUUUCGAAGAACAGAGAUCAGUGUUCAGGUUGAUGUUCAUCACCUGCCAGAAAUGUUUGUUUUUAAAUCGUUUCAUUGCAGAUCAGAUGUGUUAUGUUUGAUCUGUGUGGGAUACAUCUUGACUGGCAGUCAAAGGACAGCUGUGCUCUCGGUCUGACAUUCUUAUAAUAAAAUUAACUGUACAAAUUAACAAUUGCCUCUUAAUCCCCUUAUUUCUAUUUUGUAAAUUCACAUCCUGUAAAAAAUAAAUAAAGUUGUCUAUCACCAUUUCCA